AUGGCCGACUCCCCCCCCGGUAUCUCGGCUGCUCCCAAAGACGACAACUUGAGACAUUUUGACGUUACUGUGGCGGGGCCCGAGAGCAGUCCUUAUGAGGGCGGUAUCUUCAAGCUCGAGCUCUUCUUGCCGGAAGAAUACCCCAUGAACCCUCCCAAGGUCCGAUUCCUCACCAAGAUCUACCACCCUAACAUCGACAAGCUUGGCCGAAUCUGUCUCGAUAUCCUGAAAGACAAGUGGUCCCCCGCCCUUCAAAUCCGAACUGUCCUCCUCUCUAUCCAAGCCCUCCUCGGUGCCCCCAACCCAGACGACCCCCUCGCCAACGACGUUGCCCAAGCAUGGAAGGAGAACCAGAGCGCUGCUAUCGCUCAGGCGAAGGAGUGGACCAACAAGUUUGCUCAGUAG